AUGACCGAGGGACGAGGAAGCGGCGAGCUGGAGGGCAGCACGCUCGGCAGCAGCUCGCGCGACGGAGACAGGGCGAGACACAGUCAACGACGGACACCGAGCUCGAGUUCAUUUCUCAUCGAUUCACCCUUUCUGCCCAAAUCAAGGAACCUACGGACCAGCUCUCAUCGGCCGCGGCGUUCGGAAUCGCAUCGCAACGAGAAGCGUGGCGCUCCCGAGAGCGAUAUUGCGACACCAAAGAAGAGGUCGCGGUUUCCCUGGAGUCGUAAUCGAGAGUCGCUGGACGGGUCGUCGGUGAUUGCUAGUCCUCACGAGGCCGCAGAAACGGAAACGCCUGGUUCAUCGUCCGCGCAGCAACCUUCAACGUCGGAGCCGCCACCAGCGAGAACGGACCAUAAUGAGGCUGCUCCAGGUUUGGAUAGGGAUUCACUUCAGAUUGUCAAUCUGGCUCUGAACUUGAGUGAGUCCCGGAGGAGAAAUAACCUCGGUCGCUCCGUCUCGACUCGCCUCCCAGGGGCUAGGGCGUCGGUCCCCUAUACUGAUAGUACAACGUUGACUACGAGCGCCAGCCGUGGAUAUCAGGCUCUCCAUACGCAUCGCGAUUAUACUCAAGCGGGGAUUAGUGACCGCGCCACGCCACCGGCUGGUGAAUCAGCCGUGAAUCCAUCAUCCGUGCUGGAUUUGCUACCUAAUGCCGCUGGAGGAGAGCCCUUGCCUCAAGCAUUUUCAGAAAGUACGCUUGCUCGGGCUGACAAAGCCCGGCGUCAUUUUGAGCUAUUUCAUCUCUAUUUGCGUCUGCUCCCUUCGCUUCCGCCACUGAGACAUCAUCAUGGCACGCAAGAUGCUACAGACGCCUCAUCAGCAUCAAGGGGCAGCCUUCCUCAGUCGCGAGUCUACAAUCCCCUCCAGGCGAUUCGAAAUCGAAAAGUCCGAUUCCGGGAGAGACGUCCAAUUGAUCCAGAGUCGGAAGGUUGGUAUGACGUUGCUAGGGUGCGUGAAUGGGUGAACUCGGUUCAGUCUCAGUAUGGAGAGACAAGUCAUCUGCCUUCCGAAUGUCUGAAGCUGCCGCCGUUCGAACGAGGUCGGAAGGAUCCGCCACGAGAAGAACCAGAUGAUCCAGAUGUGUUUGCAACGUCUCCUCCUUCCAGCUUGAGACGAGUCAGCCGCACUAGCAGCAUCAAAGCUCGUAGGCCAAGAUUUGACUGGAUGAUCUCGCCGGCUGAACUCCUCGCUGAUGCCGCAUGGGUUGAAGAAGGUCAGAACAAGAGUAAAAUGGUGGACAAAGACGGGGAUCUUUUGUUUCCGGACCCAGCAGAGUUGCAUCCUUCUGGUGGCAUGCCACCUACCUCUCCUGCCCAGACGCAUUUGCCAGCCAAGCCGCCAUCUGUGGGCGCACGCGCGGAUUCUGAUAUGUCUUUCUCGAAUGCUCAUCCUGCAUUGGGACCUGAGUUCAGAAGCGUCAAUCGUGGAAGGCGACGGCAUAGAUAUCACAGUCCUGCACAUGGUUUCCACAGCAGGGGUACUUCACUGACCGGCAUAGGCACCAAGGAGCGGAAAGGGGGAUUACGGUCAAGUAGCUCUUCGAGUGUCUCCACCGCUGGUGAAAGACCUCCCUGGUAUCAUCAUGCGGACAAUGUAGGUCCUGCCAGAUCAAAACUCACUCGAGCUCCGCACUCGCGAGUAGAGUCCUCUAUGACUGCUCCAGACGAAGAACAUGGCCUCGAUACAGGACCGCUGCCCUCUCAGACCUCUGUGAGCACUCAUCCGAUGAGGGCCAAACUGGACGAGCGAAGCGGCUCGUUGUCGUCCGCCGCAAGUCGUCAGGAUCCUUCUACUACUACUGCCAGCCCGCCUGUUCCCCUUGGGUACUUCCCUAGCAUUGCGUCUAACUUAUCUCCUCGAUCAAGUCGCUCACCGUCGCCGUCCAAACGGCAGCUUGCUCAGGGAAUUAUUGCUCGCCAUGUGCGAAGCAAAAGCCACUCACGCCCCCGGGAGAUCCUUGAAGACAAAUUGAUCUCUGCGGCGAACACUGCCGAUAAUCUACAACCACAAGAUGUAUCUGAUGCCACACAUCGAGGUGGUAAACUCGAACCAAGCCCAAUUCCGGAUCAAGUGUCGCCGUUAUACCAAGCUGACAAGACAGGGAGCCACACGCAUGCGCGUAAGGGAUCAUUCCAGCCAGAAUCUCGCUUGCGCGGAAUCUUGAAAGGACCCGGGAAAAUUGCGGAGAUCGUAGGCAACGAGGUCUCAAAAAUGGGCGACCUGAUCAUGAAGAAAGACGAUCCGGCUCACUCAAGGACUUCGUCAUUGGAGACAACUCUUCCCUCCGAGGAAAGUGCAUUGGACGAGGGCGAGGAAGCGAAGGGUGAAAAGAAGUCCGGGCCCAAGGCCCUCCUGCGCCGACUUCCGACAUUCUCGGAUGGAACUCCUCGCAAGCAUCUCGAGCGUGGAACCGCGAAGAAUCUUCUGCCAUCAACCGCGGCUUUGGCGACUCCAUCACGACGGAUCGAUCAAGAGGAACAGCGUAGAGCUUCGGCAGUGGAUAGUCCUUUGAAGCAGGGUGCAGAUGCUCCAUUGCAUGAUGCACAAGUGUCGCAGACGAAGGGGCUCGGCGCUUCGAUGCUACAAAAGAAGCAUGAUGCACAGGUUCUGACGGAGAAAAUCGGUGAUGGGCGAAGAUUUGAGCCCGAGUUCCACACGGUCCGGAAGCAGAUCAAGAAAGGUCAAAUCAAAGAUCCAUCAGUUCCUUUCAGCAUGACCCGUCCCCCGGUUACGGGGCUUGCGCAAGCAGAGGUCUCGGCUGCAGAUCGCCCUCAAGACAAGCGACGUGGUGCGUCAACUCAGUCAAGGACCUGGAGCAUCUCCAAUCGCAGCAUCUCAACUUCGGUGGACUCCGGUCUCCCCGAGAGAAGGGAAAUCGAGCGUACACGGGCGCUUCUUCUGACGUCGGGCAUCAAGGCGCGGGAAAUUACCCGCCGAGCCGAAUCAAUCCGCAGUCCGCCGGCAGACUUUCUACUGAAAGCGUAUGGCCCCGACUCCCCUGUGCCCCAGGUCAUCCGGCUUCAUGAAUUCGAUGUGGCGGCUAAGGGACUGCUCCGGCGAUUUGAGACUUCUCAUGAUUCGUUUCGGCGGUCUGUGGAAGGGUUCCCCAAUGUCUCCGCCUCUUUGAAAACGCAGUUGGCACAGCUGGAAGACAUGGUCAACCAGACUCUUGCCCCGCGUGUUCGAGCCCUGGCGGACGACACCGAAAAUCUCAGCGUGGACCUUAACACGACAAGUACGCUUGCAGUGAAGCAGUUGAGUGACAAACUCGACAAGGGCAUCCGGAAGCGCCAUCGGCGUCUGCGCUGGCUCCGCCGUACAGGCUUCGUCAUGCUUGAAUGGGCGCUUGUUGGGAUGCUGUGGUGGGUGUGGUUGAUCGUCAUGGCCUUCAAGGUCCUUCGCAGUAUCUUUCGAGGAGCAAUUUCCGGCAUACGGCACCAGCUCAUCACGGCUUUCGCAGCCUUUGCCUUAGCCUUCCGUCAAAUUGUCUCGCCUCGACGGCUCCGCGACACUCUUAACAACAUUCCACCACCUCCUGCUGCUGACUCCUCCCUCGGUCUCCUCCGGUUCUUCCUCUUAAGGAGGAAGGGUCUAGGAGGCUUGGUCCAGUCAACCUCGGUUGCGAAUCUUUUCGUCCUCCUUAACACGCAGUCGCGUUCUUGUCUCUCAUCAAUCGCCUUUUUAUUUCUUUCAACCACCUUUCAAGACCUGUUCCGUGCUUCGUCGCAGCGCGCAUGGUUAUGGCACCGACUGCUUGUGUACCUGCUGAAUCAACUCAGCAAUCAUGGAGGGGACGAUCUUUCGCAAUCUAGGUUGGCUGCCAAGACCCUUGUCUUGGACGUCCUGAAGAAACGCGCCGCCGAGGUGGAUGUGGACCGGUGCGGACCCGGUGAAGAAGACGCCUUUUAUGUGGCCGAUAUGGGGGAGAUCUACCGACAGCAUCUUCGCUGGAAAAUGAACUUGGGUCGCGUCAAGCCUUUUUACGCGGUCAAGUGCAACCCCGACCCGGAGAUCCUUCGUCUCAUGGCUAAGCUUGGAAACGGUUUCGACUGUGCCUCCAAGGCGGAAAUCGACCUGGCCCUCGAGACAGGUAUCGAUCCCAGCCGCAUCAUCUACGCGCAGCCCUGCAAGACCAAGUCCUACCUGCGCUAUGCCGCCCAGGUGGGCGUCAAGCAAAUGACUUUCGAUAAUGCCGACGAGCUCUACAAGAUCAAGGCCUGCUACCCUGGCGCGGAGCUCUACCUGCGGAUCCUGACCGAUGACUCGACCAGUCUGUGCCGGCUCAGCAUGAAGUUCGGCGCCUCUCUGGACACCGCCCGUCAGCUGCUCGAACUGGCCCACGAGCUCGAGCUCAAGGUCGUCGGGGUGAGCUUCCAUGUGGGCUCCGGCGCCGAGGAUCCCCGCGCGUUCCUCAAGGCCGUGCAGGAUGCUCGCCUGGUCUUUGACCAGGCCGCGGAGGUGGGCCACGAGCUCCACACUCUGGACGUCGGGGGUGGCUUCUGCCAGGACACUUUUGAACAGUUUGCUGGCAUUUUGAGUGAGGCGCUCGACACUUAUUUCCCGCCUCACAUUCGUAUCAUUGCCGAGCCGGGCCGCUACUACGUCGCCAGUGCCUUCACCCUUGCGGCCAAUGUCAUCGCCCGCCGCGAUGUGCGCGACCCGGAGGAGCCCGCCAACGAUGCCUACAUGCUGUACCUCAACGACGGCGUGUACGGCAAUUUCUCCAACAUCAUCUUCGACCACCAGCAUCCUGUGGCCAAGAUCCUGACCUGCUCCGCUGAGACCCAGCCGACCGCUCUGAAUGCUGCGACUUCAGAGGGCAUCGCCUAUUCCAUCUGGGGUCCUACAUGUGAUGGGAUCGACGUCAUCACCCAGCGGAUUGUGCUGCCUGGUCUGUUGGACGUUGGCGACUGGCUGUACUUUGAGGAGAUGGGCGCUUACACCAAGUGCAGCGCCACCCGGUUCAACGGCUUCUCGGACAACCACGAGGUGAUUUAUAUCUCGAGCGAAGCCGGUGCAACUGCUCUCCUGGAGUAUUAG